AUGUGGGAUCAGUUGACACCCUAUCGCCUGGACACAACAGCCUGGCCAGCCUCGGACCAGCUCAUCUGUGAGCCCCCCUGCAUGCCUCAGUUAGCCAGCAACAUCCUGAGGCUCGGAGACCUGAGCGUGCCUGUCACCAUGCUGCACUGGCUGUUCCUCCCUUCAAGCCUGCUGGCCGUAGCCACACUGGCUUGGACCCCCAUGCUGCUGGUAACCAUCCUGCAGAGCCAGAGACUUCGGCAAGAGCCCCACUACCUGCUGCUGGCUAACAUCCUGCUCUCGGAUCUGGCCUACUUCUUCCACAUGCUCAUCUCCUCCAGCAACAUGGGCAGCUGGGCCCUGACUGCAUUCAUUGUUUGUGGUGCUCUCACAGAUGCUAUCUUCAUUGCCUAUACCAGCACCAUCUUGUCCUUCAUGGCCACCGUGCUGCACACCUACCUGGCAGUUGCUUAUCCUCUGCACUACUUCUUCAUGUCCUAUGAAGCUGCCCAGAAAGUGGUGGCCCUCAUCUGGCUGGUGGCCUGCUUCUUCCCCACAUGUCUCAUUUGGCUUAGCAAGCGGCAGGAUGCCAGGUUCGAGCAAGGGGCCUCAUGCAUCCUGCAGCUGAGUCUGGGCACUGAGCCAGGCCAUGGCCCGCUGGUCACUGUCACCAUAAAAGAGAUUUUAUGCAUUCUCUCUCUAUGCAUAGCUUUCAUCACCUACUGCUUAUGGAGGAUCUAUGCAAAGACUAGGACUUUAGGAAUCUGGGUGCAGGGCUAUUCCUGGGCCAGGGGUACCCUGCUUAUCCACACAGUGUUAAUCAUGCUGUAUGUUAGCCCAGUUGUGGUGUUUUCCCUGGACAUCAUGCUAACCAAGUACCACCACAUUGAUGCCAGAACUCAUGUGUGGCUCAUGGCAGCCAACAGUGAGGUGCUCAUGAUGCUUCUUCAUGCCAUGCUCCCAUACCUGUACACACUCCGUUACCAGCAGCUGCUGGGGAUGGUCUGGGGCCACUUCUCAUCCAGGAGGCACAGUGACAUCUUCACUAUUUCUUAG